AUGAGAGCCACACGACUGAGGAGCCACAGAGAGUCACAGAGAGCCACAAAGAGCCACAAAGAGCCACAGGGAGCCACAAAGAGCCACAGGGAGCCACAAAGAGCCACAAAGAGCCACAGGGAGCCACAAAGAGCCACAGGGAGCCACAAAGAGCCACAGAGAGUCACAGAGAGCCACAAAGAGCCACAAAGAGCCACAGGGAGCCACAAAGAGCCACAGAGAGUCACAAAGAGCCACAGAGAGUCACAGAGAGCCACAAAGAGCCACAAAGAGCCACAGGGAGCCACAAAGAGCCACAGAGAGUCACAAAGAGCCACAGAGAGUCACAGAGAGCCACAAAGAGCCACAAAGAGCCACAGAGAGCCACAAAGAGCCACAAAGAGCCACAGGGAGCCACAAAGAGCCACAGAGAGUCACAAAGAGCCACAGAGAGUCACAGAGAGCCACAAAGAGCCACAGGGAGCCACAAAGAGCCACAGGAGCAUAAAUAAAUAA